AGAAAAGGAGCUCUGAAAUCCCAGAAAUCCAGCAGAGCAACAGCAGAGGCAAGGGUUUUUGAGUACAACACACACACCCUCCCCCCUCUUCUCUUCUCUUCUCCCCAUUCCGUCUCCUCUCUUCGUCCCCCGAAGAAGAAGAAGAAGAGAAAAAAAAAAUUCAACGGGAGCUCAUCCUCGGGCGGCUCGCUCGAAUCCGGCUUCGGGGUGAUCGCGGGAGGCGCUGAGGUAGGUGGUUUUCGAUUUGUUUGUGUGUGGAGCUUUGGAGGGGUAGAUCCGGGGGGGAAGGGGGUGGGGGUGGAGAACCCGCGCCGCCGCGGAUGGCUGGCAGCGGGGACGACUGCGGCGGUGGUGGAGGUGGGGAGCGGAUGAAGCUGCUGUGUAGCCUCGGCGGGCGCAUCCUGCCGCGGCCCGGGGACGGGACGCUGCGGUACGCCGGCGGGGACACCCGGAUCGUGUCCGUGCCGCGCGGGGUGGCGCUGCAGGACCUCCUGGCGCGGCUCGCCGACGCCUACGGCGGCGCCACGGGCGCGCACUUCGCCGUCAAGUACCAGCUCCCCGACGAGGGGCUUGACGCGCUCAUCUCGGUCUCCUCGCCCGAGGAUCUCGACAACAUGGUGGAGGAGUACGACAAGCUGGCCGUCGCCAGCCCUAAGCUGCGGGUGUUCAUCUUCCCCGUCUCCGACGCCGCCGUGGCUGGGGACGAGGCGGGCGAGGGUGCUGGCGGCGGCGCCGGCGGGUUUGAUGCUGGGCUUCGGUAUCUCGAGGCCGUCAACGGCAUUGUGCGCAAGGACAGCAUCGCGAGCCUGUCGUCCACUCAGUGCUCGGAUGGUGGGCCUCCUCCUCCUACUCCUGCUGUUCCUUCUGGAGGAGGAGGUGGUGGUGGUGGCGGCGGCGGCUCCCCGACUGGGCUCUCCCCAACUUCCACCUGUUCCUAUGAUGCCGCGAGAUCGGCGUUUACUGUGCAGCAACAGCAACAGCAACAGCCACAGCCGCUUGUUGAUGUCUUCACCAAUGCUGCUCCUGCGCCUGCCCCUGUGAAGCCCCAGGAGAGUGCUGCUGAAAUGAGGGCUCCACAGCCAAACCCACAUCCGCAUCCAGAGGCGGCAAGGUACCGGCAGCCACUGUCACAGCUGCCACCACUACCACCUGUGUUCAUGAACGAUCAUAGAGAGGUUAUGCAGGGUCUGAAUCAGCCGCCACCAGGAAACGCGGCCUGGAUUGAGGACUGCAAUAUGUGCCUGAAGGCUCUGCCUCAUGCUCACUCUGACCCUGUCAUGAAUGAGUACGUUGGUGAUGUGCAUGGCGGGGCGGGGCAGGGGCCUGUGUUCAUGAGCCUGCGGCCUGAAGAUGUGGCAAGGAUCAUGAUGGCAGAGCGGCAAAUACCUGCUCAAAUGGGGGCCUAUGGUUACACGCAUAUGCAUCCAGUGCAGCCUGAAAGGGAAAGGGCAUAUGCGCCGAAGAUGGAAGGCAUUACAAACCCAUUGCCAGUUGAUCCUGCCAGCUUCCAUCAGCAUGUCUAUGUGCAGCAGCAGCCAUUGCCACCACAGCAGUUGCAACCCACUUAUGGAUAUAACCAUAUCCCCGUGAUGUCCAAUGAGAUGGUCUCUCCAAAUUCCGCACAUUCUGAUGUUGCAAGCUCUCACCAACAAACCAUGCUGCAGCAAUUACCUCCAGGCCAUGUAAUGGCUCAGUAUCCAGUGAAGCAAGGUAGUCCCAAUAAUCCGCUUGAUGGUGAAGGCAGUUUAAGUGGCAAUUCUAGGCAUCGGGAGGAUGGACAACUGCUUCGUGAUAACGUGCCUUCAGUGGCACCCGUGGCUGUGCCAACCUAUAUGGCAAAUGUGGACAGGAUGAUGGAUUCACUACGGGUGAGCCCCAGCGAGGUUUCUCGUGCCACUGAACAAAGGAUGUAUUCCCCGCCGCUUGAGAAUGGCUUACCCCAGAAUGCAACACCAGAACACUCUCAGGUAAAAGAGGUUCAUCUGAGCAACACCAACACCUUUUUUGAUGUCAAUGAACCAAAGGUAGUACCUCCAACUGAAUCGAUGCCGCCAGCUCCUGUGGCCAGCCCUUAUUUGCACAAUGUCCAGCAUGUCAACAUGAGCCAUAUGCCACAUAUGGUGAGCAUUGGGGGACCUUACGCUAGUUAUGUUGCCGCUACAGUUGGGCACGCAGGUGUGCCUCCAUCAACUUACGGUGUUGAUCUUGUGUAUACAAACACCACUGUUAAUCCAAUGGGUGAGCGGAAGGAUGUUCUACCUGAGGUUUAUCACAAGGAAGCUCCGCAUGCAUCCGUUGCUCCUCCAAAUGCUAGUGUUCAGGUAUCAACAGCAGCAUUUACAAAUCAUGCUCCAAUUGUCGAGCAACUCCAAGAUCCUGGUUUACCGGGCCAACAAUUCAGUAAUGUGCAUGCACUGCCACCAAGACCUAAGAGGGUAGCAAGCAGGGAGAACAUCAGCUCAAAGGAUCCCCAUUCGCAAAACCCUUUGUUAAAUUGCAAAGGGCUGGAUUUGAAUAUCCCAGCUGAAGAUGUUGCUCUUUCCCAACAAUCAGAUCACAAAGACGCACACGCAGAACAUGCUCGGUUUGUCACAGGUGAUGGUAUCAUCACGAAUCCGGAGUUGCUGGGUAUAGAGGAUCAUUUAGCUGGGAAUGAGCCUCCACCUCCUUUGCUGAAUGAAGGGCUUGGGGCUGCCACUAAUAAAGUGGAGGGGCAAGCUCAUACCAACGAGGUUAUCAAGAGCAAACCAGUUGACUGGGUUUCAGGAUUACCUGUUACAGAUGACCAUCGCUUGCAGAUUAUAAAGAAUGACGACCUUGAAGAGCUCCAAGAACUUGGUUCUGGAACUUUUGGAACUGUAUAUCAUGGUAAAUGGAGGGGCUCUGAUGUUGCAAUAAAAAGGAUCAAUGACAGAUGUUUCGCUGGGAAGCCAUCUGAGCAAGAAAAAAUGCGGAAUGACUUCUGGAACGAAGCGUCCAACCUUGCAGAUCUGCAUCACCCUAAUGUUGUGGCCUUCUAUGGUGUUGUUCUAGAUGGACCUGGGGGAUCCAUUGCCACGGUUACAGAAUAUAUGGUCAAUGGCUCACUUAGGACAGCUUUGCUGAAGAAUGCCAAGAGCCUUGAUCGGCGGAAGAGGCUAAUUAUUGCCAUGGAUACAGCUUUUGGAAUGGAGUACUUGCAUAACAAGAACAUAGUGCACUUUGACCUGAAAAGUGACAAUUUACUUGUUAAUUUAAGGGAUCCUCAACGCCCAAUAUGCAAGGUUGGCGAUCUAGGGCUUUCUAAAGUCAAGUGUCAGACCCUCAUCUCUGGUGGUGUGAGGGGGACGCUUCCAUGGAUGGCCCCAGAACUUCUUAAUGGAAGUAGCAGCUUGGUUUCUGAAAAGGUUGAUGUCUUCUCUUUUGGGAUUGUUCUGUGGGAACUCCUCACAGGAGAAGAACCAUAUGCAGAUUUGCAUUAUGGUGUUAUUAUCGGUGGCAUAGUGAGCAACACUCUGCGACCGCCGGUGCCCGACUCAUGUGACCUGGAGUGGAAAUCACUGAUGGAGCAAUGCUGGGCGACGGAACCAUCUGAACGGCCAAGCUUUACACAGAUUGCUGUCCGGUUGCGCUCCAUGGCUGCACCCCCCCAGAGGGUGUAAACCUAAGGCCACCGACCAGGGACAGCAAUCUUCAAACUUGUGGGGUGCCAUCCGUGGACAAGUUCUUCAGUGCCGCCGUUAUUGCGUGUCUAGGAAUUCAGCAUAUAUAUGCAUCCAUUGUGUCCCUAGGAUCUGUUCAUACCCCUUCAUUGUUUCAUAUCUUGUAAUCAUAAGUUACCAGCCCCCCCUGUGUCUAGAAGUGUCUCGCAAUGGACGUCCCAGAUCCCUCCCCAUUCAUUCAUUUAUACCUUUGGUUUAGAGCUCCGUUUAAUAAGUCGGUCUAUUGUUGGUUAUAGAGAGUCCUAUAUUUUUGUUUUCUCUUCCUUUAUUUUCCCCCUUUUCUGGGUAAUAAUUGAGUUAUUUGGAAGUCGGUUCGUCGGUUGGGUCGGUCGGUUGGUCAGUCAGUCUGAAUUCGAACUGAUUGUAUCUGGUUGGUAAUAGUACAAGUUUUGGGAAACUGAGAGUGAGGUCCUUGGCUUGUAACAGCAAGCGCUGCAGCUUGGUUUUUGUGUCUCCUGUAUACCGAAUCGUUCAGUACUAUCCUUGUAAAAAUUCCAGUCACCUUUAUUCCUGUGUUGAUUGUUUGUUUGUUUA